AACCCUAGCAUUUGUGAUCUUCAACGGGAGGAAGAAUAUGAGUCUGCCUCCUCCGUCCGCCGGUCGUGAGCUAGCGAAUCCACCGUCCGACGGCAUUUCGAAUCUCAGAUUUUCCAACACGAGCGACCAUCUCCUCGUUUCUUCAUGGGAUAAGCGUGUGAGAUUGUACGAUGUGAGCACCAAUUCGUUGAAGGGCGAGUUCUUACACGGCGGCGCAGUUCUCGAUUGCUGUUUCCACGACGAUUCCUCUGGUUUCAGCGUUGGCAGCGACAACAAAGUCAGACGGAUUGUUUUCAAUGUUGGCAAAGAGGAUGUUCUGGGGAUGCAUGAAAAGCCAGUGCGUUGUGUUGAGUAUUCUUAUGCUGCAGGGCAAGUGAUUACUGGAUCUUGGGAUAAAACAGUUAAGUGUUGGGAUCCAAGAGGUGCAAGUGGGCCCGAACGCACCCAGGUGGGGACAUACUUGCAACCAGAGCGUGUUUACUCUCUGUCUCUUGUUGGAAACCGUCUCGUUGUGGCAACAGCAGGAAGGCACGUCAACAUCUACGAUCUCAGGAAUAUGUCUCAGCCUGAGCAAAGAAGGGAGUCUUCACUCAAAUACCAGACCAGAUGUGUUCGUAGUUAUCCUAAUGGAACAGGUUAUGCUCUAAGCUCUGUUGAAGGAAGAGUUGCGAUGGAGUUCUUUGAUCUGUCAGAGGCUGCUCAGGCCAAGAAAUAUGCUUUCAAAUGCCAUCGGAAAUCAGAGGCUGGAAGAGACAUUGUUUACCCUGUAAAUGCCAUUGCAUUCCAUCCAAUUUAUGGCACAUUUGCAACGGGAGGCUGUGAUGGUUUUGUCAACAUAUGGGAUGGGAACAACAAGAAGAGGCUGUAUCAGUAUUCAAAAUACCCAUCAAGCAUCGCAGCACUGUCAUUCAGCCGAGAUGGUCAGCUACUAGCUGUUGCAUCAAGCUACACGUUUGAAGAGGGGGAGAAAUCGCACGAACCAGAAGCCAUCUUUGUAAGAAACGUCAAUGAAAUCGAAGUGAAACCCAAACCCAAAGCAUAUCCAAAUCCUGCGGCAUAGUAAGAAAAAACAGAAGCAUCCUCAACACAAGUUGGUCUUUGUCUUUUACCUAAGAGUGUCCCAAAGCUUGUGGAAGUACGUUUGAGCUUUUAAUCUUUUCUUUUUGUUUGAGUGUAUAAAGUAGAGAAGUAAAUACUUAAAUACAAUGCUUUGUAGUUCAUUUGGCUUUGAUGACAUAUUAUUAGUUUAUUACCA